GCCAGCUGCUCUGGGAGGGGGAGGGCAGAGCCCUGACCCCCCCCUCCCUGCAGGGGGUUGCUUCCUGGGUUCACCCGGGUUAUCUAGCUGAUUCACUGUUGAUGGAAAAACAGGGCUGGGCACGCUGUGUGGACAGUCACUGAAGGCGGAGGAAACUAGUCUUGAAAACCCUGACAAUCAGCUGAGAGAGAACUCCUGAUCGCUGCUGGCACUGUUUCCAGACGGGGCCAGUCUUCGAGGUGACCGGGACGCCGAGCUGCUUCAGCAGUGGUCGCGUCCCCCAUGCUUGAGGGUGCCGAGCUCUGCUUUAACGUGGACCAUGGCUACCUGGAGGGCCUGGUGCGGGGGUGCAAAGCCGGCCUCCUGACCCAGCAGGACUACGUCAACCUGGUCCAGUGUGAGACCCUGGAAGAUCUGAAAAUUCACCUCCAGACCACGGAUUAUGGCAACUUCUUGGCCAAUCAGACAAGUCCGCUUGCUGUCUCCACCAUUGACACGGAGAUGAGGAAAAAGCUAUGCAGAGAAUUUGAGUAUUUCCGGAAUCAUUCCCUGGAGCCCCUGAGCACCUUUUUCACAUACAUGACGUGCAGUUACAUGAUCGACAACGUGAUUCUACUGAUGAACGGGGCGUUACAGAAAAAGUCUGUGAAAGAAAUGCUGGUAAAGUGCCACCCGCUGGGCCGUUUCACAGAAAUGGAAGCCGUGAACAUUGCAGAGACGCCUUCGGAUCUCUUUAAUGCCAUCCUGGUGGAAACCCCGUUAGCUCCAUUCUUUCAAGACUGUAUGUCUGAAAAUACUCUAGAUGAGCUGAAUAUUGAAAUACUGCGCAAUAAACUGUACAAGUCUUACAUCGAGGCAUUCUAUAAAUUCUGUAAGAAUCAUGGUGAUGUCACAGCAGAAAUUAUGUGUCCCAUUCUUGAGUUUGAGGCUGACAGACGUGCUUUUAUCAUCACUCUUAACUCCUUUGGCACUGAGUUGAGCAAAGAAGACCGGGAGACCCUCUACCCGACCUGCGGCAAGCUCUACCCUGAGGGGCUGCGGCUGCUGGCCCAAGCAGAAGACUUCGAGCAGAUGAAGAGAGUAGCGGAUCAUUACGGGGUAUACAAGCCUUUGUUUGAGGCUGUGGGUGAUGGCAGCGGGGCAAAGACACUGGAGGACAUGUUUUAUGAGCGUGAGUUGAUCGGGCCAAUUGAUUAGGUACAUUCAUAGUUUGAAUGGGUAUCAGUAUCCCUGCCUUGGAGAGUCAGGGCCGUGUGGUUCACAUGUGAUGGAUUCUUGUGAGACUGUCUUAUCCAGACAGUCGUGCACAUAGUGAAACUCUGGAAAUAAUGCAUCUACUCCAUCAUUAACUAGUGAAAUGGAGCUAAGAUGUUCUCAUGAUCACAUUUUGACAUGUCCUCAUGGUGCACACUAUGUUCAUUGCGUCCCAGUCUCUAAUCCGUCCCAUCUUUAAGAAUGACUUCUCUAUGCUUAUAGAAUAUAACUCAUGGGCACAAUUAUAACACUGAGGAAUUAUUUGUAUGGAAAUCCAUCCAGUCUACAUUAUUUUCUUUCCCUAAAAAGGCAGAAGAAUAUUUAAUCCAUUUAUAGCCUAUUCCUGGGCCACUGAACUGUUCAACAAGAAGGGUGGGUACCCCUUUUUAAGGUUCCCAAAACCUGGAGACUUUUUUUCUAGUGUAUUCUAUUCCUUUCCCUAAAACCACCCGUCCUUCCAUCUCUGUCUAACUGGAACUAACAGAGAACCCUGAAGUUUACCCAAACUUGAGGGUUAGACUGGCUCUGGAAAGCAAUGUGGGGGGCUUCCUGGAAGUCUUUUUCUAGACAUUUUCCAACAGCUCUUUCAAAAGAAAUAAAAACAAUGCAAAUUAUCCUAUAUAGAAGGAUGCUUUACAAUUCCAUGCUGUUGCACUUCGGCUGCGAAGACAGCUGUUGAAGAAGCUGCCCUGGGGAGGAAAAAUGCGAGUCUGUUCCAGAGCAGGGAGCCUCUGCUCCCUAACUGCUUUGCUGAGGUUUUCAGAACUGUGUGAGGGACUCGGUUCCUCGCCCUCUUUUUUCAAAAUGGAAAAGAAUAAGGGAAUUGUUCCAUUCUAGACUAUACUCCAGUUAAAAAUUUUUUUUAAACCAUUCUGCCUUCUGCAGAAAAAACCAGCUCAACUGUAUGUCAGGUCACUGCAGGGCAUCCUAAGGGAACUUAUAACAUCACCUAGUCCACAUUCCAGAGGUCCGUGACUUUGACCUGGAAGGGAGUUCAGUGGCCCCAAAACUGGUUUAAAAUUUUAAAAGUUGAGGCCAAGGAAGACUACUUUACCUAGAUGAGACAAGCCCACUAGCGAGAAACCAAACAAGUAUUACUACAAAGUUAACCACACACACACACAGCCCGAAGUCCUCCCAGGAUCUCUGUGCUGGCAGUGCUGCUAAGAUUUGGAGCUUGUCUUGUGCUUUUACAAACUUCCCUUUUAAACUCCUGUUGUCUGCCUUGACCUGCAGACAGCUCUCCCUUUAGAUUUGCUACUGUUUCCCUCUGUUUUCCCCGAUUUGGACAUUGUCUAUUUAAAUACAGAUAAGCCCCCCAUAAGCCCGAGUCAGUCUGUAGCUUAGUGUUAUCUUGCUAAUGUAGCGUGCUCCAGGCAAGUUGAU